AUGUCUACUGUCUCUAAACCUUUUCUCGAUAUUUCCAAAAACAAACAAGUCUUCAAACGUGACGCCGAAAAGAUCGCAGGGUCCAUGUCAUCACAUUCCCUUGCAAAUCGACUCUCCACCAGUUUCAAGUACCAAGGCAGCAAUGGAGGGACCAUGAAAAUCGAGUUUAUACUUGACUCGGAGUCCUUCCCCUUCACCCCCGCCCCAAAUGUGCUUGUGGUCCAUGUGGAUGAGUGUUUCGCGAGUGAAGCUUUGAAGUUCGAGAAAGUUCGAAGUUCCGCGUGUUUCUUGAAAGUGUUUUUGUCGACGUACACUGGCAGGGCAUCGUUAUACGUACACACGAACUUCAACUACAUUAGACCAUACUUGCAUCUGCCAAACAAUUACGACAAGGCUAUUGACCUAUACUCUACGGUGAUUGACCUGAAUUCUACAUUCAAUACCUUAGCAAAUCGCAGUAAGGCAAAGUUGGGGGAAAUGCUAUGGGAGGAUGCGCUCCUCGACAUGCAAAAGUGCUGCAUGGCGCGCAAUGCUACGAUGAAGCCAUCGAAGCCUUCACAAUCAUGUUGUCGAAGUUGGAUGAUGCUCCUGAAGCUUAGAUAUGAGUACGUCUGUCCAUCAGAAGCAUUCGAAGAGCAGUUUGGAUUGAACUCAACAAUACUCCCUUCAUCUGCUCAACACCUCUACGGGCCUUUUGUGCGACCGAGCAGCAUAGCUGAACCCCUUCAAAACAAAUCCAGAGUACAAGGAGUUUUUGUCAUUCACAACGAACCGCUUGGAUCUCCAAAUGGAACGCAUCAAGGAAGUGGUGGUGACCAGGAUCAUACCUUAUCGCCAAGAAGUGUAGCCAACUCGACAACUCGCGUUUCUGGGAUGGUUCAUUCCUGGGCAUCAACACAAACGCUGCUACGCUGGGCGGGUUGGAUGGUUCGAAGGGCCCAAAGUUCAAGGGUACAGGAUGGCGAAAAGAUGCAUUUUGAACCCGGUGAUUGGGGCGAUGGAAGUUUCGACGGGAGUGAGAGUGCACUUCUGAAGACCCUCUUAGGGGAUGCUCGGGCUGCCUACUAA